AAUUCAUAAACAUCUUUAUUAUUUUAAUGUCGAUCGUAUACAUUCGAUCUUCAAAGGAAACAGAGGUAAAAGAGAACAAGAGAUAUGAUUAGUAAUAAUAAAUAUUUAUAUUAAACACAGUGUGAUAUCUGUUAGAUGAGUUACAGCAUUUUUAGAGCCGGUUCCAACUUCUUGCCUUCUUGGUAAACUUACCAGGUAAUUAAAGCAUGUGUCUAAUAUCUUCAUUUCUUUUCUUAAAUAAAUAAAGAUAAACAUAUAUUCAUCUAAUAGGUAAGUUUACCAAGAAGUUGGAAUAACCGACCCUUAAAAAAUGACUACCCCUUGCUCGUAGUCAUUUUUUACUAUGAAAGACUUAACUUUUUGUGUACAUACAUAAGUAAGAAACUAACGAUAUUGUUUUUUUUUUCCCCCUAAGCAAGUAACGUACACAAGUUUUUCUUUUCUAAAAAGAAUGAGGACAAAUAUAUUGCACCUUUGGAAUUCUACGUAGAUGCCAUUUAACAUUUAUAUCGUCUGCUUCUCUUUUAGAUUCAGCCGUGUGGUAUUUAGCGCGUGAUCGUGGAUGUCGCCACUGCUCGACGUAGUGCGAAUGUACCCUGAGCCACGAGCCACGAGUGGUCGUAACUCGACCCGCUCGACCGAGUUUGUUAGUACGUGCUGUGCAGUCGAACGCGUCGAACCAGACUGGUUCUCAGGAGCAGGGAAUGAUCAACGGUGGAUCCGCGUCACCGUGGUGAGUUGCAUCGCGAUCCAGUCGAAACCAGGUCGACUGGGACGUCGUGUGAGGGAUGGAACUCCAUCGAUGUUUCCGUGGUGCAUGAGCGUCACGCCCGAAGCCUCCCCAUCUUUCUUGGAUCGCCCACCCUUCUCCCUCGCCACCCUGUGUGUUGUGUGAUGUGAGUGCGAGCCAUACAGAGGAAAAGAGAUCUUCUGAAAACGCGUUACACAGCUACAAGAGCGCAGUCUCGACGUCGACUCAUACAAUUGUACGCAGCGUGACGCAGUCCUUCCUACAAAUAAUGACGAACUGAUGAGCCACUGUAAAACCAAAGGCAAAGGAUCGAGACGAUGGAUCAAAUCGGCAAGAAGCAAGCGGCUAACUCACCAGAGGUGGCGUUGGCCAGCGAGAUUUUUGACCAAUUUUGCAACGCUACCACAUUGAAAUCUAUUCUUGGUUACUACAGACAACUGUGCGAAUUGCUAAAAAUCCGACCAAACGUCAUUAAUCAGUUUUAUCCAAAGUUGAAAACAAAACUACGAUCGUGGAAGGCGCAAGCUCUAUGGAAAAAAUUUGAUCAGCGAGCGAAUCAUAAAUGUUAUAAUCGUGGCAAAGCAUGCCCGAACACGAGGGUUUUAAUAAUCGGCGGUGGCCCAUGUGGUCUACGCACAGCCAUAGAAGCCCAAUUGUUGGGAGCCAAAGUGGUUGUGGUGGAGAAAAGAGAUCGGAUGUCCAGAAACAAUGUUUUACAUUUGUGGCCUUUCGUCAUCCAGGAUCUACGAGGUUUAGGAGCAAAGAAAUUUUUCGGAAAGUUUUGUGCGGGUUCUAUAGAUCACAUUAGUAUUCGACAGCUGCAGUGUAUUUUGCUAAAGGUUGCGUUGAUUCUUGGUGUCGAAUUUCACGAGAGUGUAAGCUUUGAUUCUCUGAUUCAACCACCGGAUAACCAGGAAGAUGGCAAGAUUGGUUGGAGAGCGAAGACUUCACCAGCUGAUCAUCCUGUUUCCCAAUACGAAUUUGAUGUGCUAAUUGGAGCCGAUGGCAAAAGAAAUACCUUGGAAGGUUUUAAACGAAAGGAAUUUCGAGGAAAAUUAGCCAUCGCAAUCACGGCGAAUUUUAUAAACAAACGAACUGAGGCAGAGGCUCGCGUAGAAGAGAUCAGCGGCGUCGCCUUUAUUUUUAAUCAAAAGUUCUUCAAAGAAUUGUACCAAGAAACGGGUAUUGAUUUAGAAAAUAUUGUGUAUUACAAAGAUGAUACGCAUUAUUUUGUUAUGACUGCCAAGAAACAUAGUUUAAUCGACAAGGGAGUUAUUCUGCAGGAUCAUGCUGACACCGCAAAACUACUUGCGAAAGAAAACGUGGAUCGUGAAGCAUUGAUGUUGUAUGCGCGAGAAGCGGCGGAAUUCUCAACGGAAUAUCAAAUGAUGGAUAUGGAAUUUGCGGUGAAUCAUUAUGGCCAACCGGACGUAGCCAUGUUCGAUUUUACUUCAAUGUACGCGGCGGAAAAUGCAAGCCGCGUAUUGGAGCGUUUCGGUCAUAGAUUGCUUAUGAUUCUUGUAGGCGACAGCCUCUUGGAGCCUUUUUGGCCUACUGGUUCUGGUUGCGCAAGAGGAUUUUUGAGCUCUCUGGAUGCGGGUUGGGCAAUCAAAGGUUGGGGCACUUCUUUGUCACCAUUGGAAGUGAUUGCGGAACGUGAGUCCAUAUAUAGAUUGUUGGGACAAACAACACCAGAGAACUUGAAUAGAGAUUAUGCGGCAUAUACUUUGGAUCCUCACACUAGGUAUCCGAAUCUCAAUGUACGUUCUGUAACUCCAAUACAAGUGCGCAGUCUUCUUGACACAGAUGAUCCUGAAAGCAUCAAACAACCUGCGCUACAGUCCGAAAUCGAUAUUCCAAAGAAACGAAGACGUCGUGAUUUGAGAGCUGACGCUCAAGUUCAUCCAGAUACAUUGCUUCGUUGGCUACAAAAGCAAGUUGCAUUGUACGACAAAGUUCACAUCGAAGAUAUGGGUGCCUCUUUCAAAGAUGGUUUAGCUAUUUGUGCAAUUGUUCAUAGAUACCGUCCAGAUUUAAUAGAUUUUUACAGUUUAAAUGCGAAAGAUGCAGUAAAGAACAAUCAGCUCGCCUUUGAUAUAUUGGAAAAGGAAUUAAACAUACCACCGAUAAUGACAGGUGAAGAAAUGAUUCAAUGCGAUGUUCCUGACACACUUGCCAUGUUUUCUUAUUUAACACAAAUAUAUGAAGUUUUCAGAGGCGAGAUUCCACACAUCAAACAUCCAAAAUUAGAACCCGAAAUGAAGGAGGAAUGUACUACACAUCCAAAGCAACUGAAACAAUGGACGCCUGAGGAAAAGCCUACGAAGACACGACAUUCGCGCUCACGGCAUGCUAAUGAAAAUGUGCAUUCUUACAUGGAUAAGAAGGACAAUACGGUUAGUCGGCGUUCUCGAAAGAGACGGAGCACCGAGAAAGUGGGCGCGACGAUGGAUGAAAGGCAGAAAAGACUCGAUGAGAUCGAAAAUCAUCGAAAUGAACGCAUGAAGAAGCGGCAAUAUUUGCGCAAGAUGGCAACUCAACAGUUCUACAAAAGUAUGCAGAUGCUACAAGCCAAUGCAAAACGCGAAAAAGAUGAACCCUUUGAGGAUUAUUCGAUUUUUUUGUACCGUCAAACUGCACCAGAUUUCAAGGAUAGAGUAAAAGAUUUAGAGCAGAAAAUACUUUAUCCAGACAGACAACCUAAAAUACACAUUGGUCACCGUAGAAGUAGUGUGGAUGAGGAAUUUUCGGGAAGGAUAAAAGAUUUUGAAGAUAAACUGAAAGGGACGACAUCCUCCGAGAAGAAACCUAAAGAUCUUUUACGCGCCAUUGGUAAAAUUGAGAAAACCGACUGGAACGUGAAAGAAAUUGAGAAGAAGAUCGAAGAGAACAAGAUGGGCCGUAGCAUUCGUCACGAACAUGUAGAGAAAGUGCCGAAGUGGAGUCGCGAGCAGAUGUGUAUAUGUUUCAUUCAGUUUUUAGCUCGGCAGAUCAAGAUGGAGAAACGAGGCAACGAUCAAAGGGACACCUACAGUAAGUACGCUGACAUAGACAAUACCCUGAAGAAUAUAGGCAAGAAGAUUCGGGAAGGUAGUACUCUCGGAUACAAUAAAGUUUCAGCCAUGGCUGAACAGUUUUCGAAUAAAAGUCAGGAUGUGGAACCCAAGCUGCAGAAAUCGAACACUAAGCCCGCUAUCACAUUACCUGUGCAAGGAGGUUCAGAGAUGUGCCAUUUCUGCAAUAAAAGAGUUUAUCUGAUGGAAAGACUUAGUGCGGAAGGCAAAUUCUUUCACCGUGGUUGUUUCCGAUGCGAAUAUUGUUCUAUCUCGUUAAGAAUAGGAAAUCAUACAUUUGAUCGGGAGAAAAACGGAGGACGUUUUUACUGUGCCCAACACUUUGGGUUAUCGGGAACGAUGAAAACUAGAGCAGAGAAAAAGAGGACUAACUUAGUGAAUAAAGAAAAUUUACCUAAUGCCGCAGCUGUAUUAAAAACACCAGAAAAGGUCAAAGCAUCCUUAGAGGGCAUCGUUGGACUCGAUUUACUCGAUCGUGGUCAAACUCCAGAGAGAAUUGAAUUUGAAAAUCUGGCAGAAAUAUCAGAUCCUGAAGAAGCUCAAAGUCAAAUGGAUGAAGAUGAGUGGACAGACAGAAAUUUUGGUGCUUCUACCGCAGAAAUGGGAUCUAGUGACGAUAUUUCUGAUAUGAGUGAUUCUGAUGAAGAUAAUGAAGUAUUUGAGGAAGCUGUAGAUCAACCACUAACGACCGAAGGAACUCUUGAGUUGGCUAAGAAUUGGACAUUGCGCUAUUCGCAUCCACAUGCUACAAUUGGGCAAUCUGACACUGGCAGCAAUGAGUAUGAAGAUUCUAGCGAUGAAUAUACUAGUGAAGACGAUGAAAGCGGCACUGCAACCGAAGACGAAGAAGAUGUACGCGCGCGAGAACUCCGGAAGCAGGAAGUGUGGUUGAAGGUGCCACCGCGCAGCUCUGAUACCGAUACCGGUUCGGAAACAGAGGUUGCAUCAUCAGAAGAUGCGUCAACUGAGGAAAGCGUAGAAAAUUCUGCAACCGAGAUCUCGACUGACUCCGAAUUUGAGCAUGAUGAAGCAACUCCGACACAACAUGAGAUUCCCGAAAUUACUAUCAAUGAUUCCUAUGUGCGAAAAACGAGAGGCACUUAUGUUGAGCCAAAAAAAGUGCAGGUGAAGAGUAAACUGAUCUCUUCGGUCAAUGGCAAUUUGACACAAGACAAGAAACAGCAAGAUACUAGCAAACACUUUUUGGAAGAAAACCGUACUAGGAUGGAAUCACACAAAGAAGUUAAUUGCAAUGUGCCGAUUUCUAUCGACACAAAUAACUGUACCCCAUUGUCGAAUCCACGAAAGGGAGAUUAUCUUCUAAAUCGUACUCAUUCCACCGGCGGAAUCGCUUCAAGGCUUUCUUUAGAAUUAAAAAAACGUUAUUUGCUGGGUGGAUCAGGAUUGGGUAGUUCCGUCAUAAAAUCAGGUUCAGCAUCUAAUGUGGACACUAAGUUGAGAAACUUUACAGAUUCAAUCUCUCAACAUCAGAAGUUAUUAAAUCCGGCACCAGAACCUAGUCCUACCAUGCAAGCGUUUCUUCAAGGUACUAGUAAACUACGAACGAACAAUGCACCACUUUCUCCAUUAUCGCCUACAAUUUUAUUUUCACGGCAGUUAUCAACUGAUCGCUGUCGAAAUUCAACGAAUGAUGUUGCGAAGGCAACGACUUUAAUAGAAACACCCAAAGUUCAGCAAUUACCUGAUUUAGUAAAAGAAUCCAGUAUCUUGAAAUCGAAGACAGCACCCAACAUCUGCAACGAGUCUUCAAUGAAAGAUAGGGAAUUAAUCAACGAACAAAUAUUUUUGCAAGAAACUAACUUAACGAAGAAUACCGUAGAAGAUAUAAACAGCUCAAAAAAUACCGAAAAAGUUAUUUCGAGCAAUAUGGAAGAAAGUAAUGGGUUUAGACCGCGUAGUCCUCUUCACGAAACAUCAAUUAUCGUGCCGCAAGUGGAUUGGAGCAGGAAGAAUGUGGACAAGGAUGCUAGUUCAGGCGAUUCUGAGAUAGACAGCGAUUCAUUAUCUUCUUCCAACUCUAACGAAGUAGUUGAGAACAAACAACAUGUUGCUGUAAAUCUUUCGCCUCCCAGAUUACGAAUUCACAGUACUGAUGGCGAUCUUUUAUUAGACGAGGGAGCUGAUCGAUACAAGCAUUACGACCUUGAUGAUGGGCAGACCUUUGAGCCAGAUUCCAUCGAAGUCUCCUUUUUGCGAGAUCACCAUUUACUCGAGCCAAUUGACAACACGUAUAGUGUUGAAAUAGUAAAUAAUAACAUGGAACAAUUAGACUUGCGGGAUGACAACAAAAAAAGUAAUUGCAGCAGUCCUAUUUCCGAAGCUUCGGCAAUAUCUAACAAACAAGAUGAUUCCGAGGAGAACGAUAUUAUUACUGCAGCAUUCACUGAAACAGAGUUUUCUGAAUGGGCUCGUGAUGGGGAGGCUUUGGUCUCUGACGAUCUUCGCGACGUAGAACUCGAUAUCGAUCCCAAUUUCAUUACUGUACGAAAAAAUAAUGCAAGGCUAUCCUCUACGCCCGCCAAAAUUGCUAAAGAAGAGGAUACAGAAUUCGACUCGAAUAUCGAUCGGAUAAUCGUUCAGGAAUACCCGAACAAUAAUACAUCAAAAUUGUUAGUUAAUGGCGAAGAUAUUAAUUACAUGGACACUGACAAUGAGUCACUGUUGGAUGACAGUCUUCAAGAUGCUUCCAAUAUUGCAAUGCUGAAAAAUCGGGGCUAUAUCGAAUUUGUAAAUGUUAAGACUACACUUUCCAAUGUUCCUGUUUCAACUACUAUAUGCAAUAUGCCAGUCGCCGAUGCACCGAUAGCGAGACUUGAUCCUGAAAACGAUUCGUACGGUGAAGAGGAAGAACAAGAAGGUUUCAAAGAUGCUAAUGUGAUCGAGAUUGAUCCAGUUACCAUGGAGGAUGUGAUGGACAAGCUAAACGAGCCUAUUGCGAGUAGAUCAUCGAUGAGAUCAGAAAUUCGAACCGAGGAACAAAGUGGAGGAAAAUUUAAGGAGAAUGCGAAGCGAGAACAAUUAGCAGAAGCCUUUAAUAAAGAAUUACUUCAAUCGAUGGAAGAAGAUAGUCUGUUACUUGUGGAACCAGCGGAGGAUACGACCACCAGCGAAGUCGUCACGGUGCUUGCCAGUCCGAUCAAUCCUCAGGUAUCUAUAGUUCCUGUAGAAAUGAUGGAGAAACGCGAGGAGUUAACCAAGGCGGAUUCUAAUAAUCCGGACUAUCUGGAAUACGUAAAGAGAUUGCAAUCUAGAAUCGCAGAGUUUAGUAAUGCCAAGGACUCUAUUGAUGUAAGAAAAUCAAAACGAAAAAAUUCGAAAAACUUAGCACAGACACGCACCGCAGAAAUGAUUGCUGAAGAAAUCAAAUGCCAAGAAACAAUGACUGUAAACGGUAACAAUUCACCAGCGACUUCGAGAAAACUUGAAGAGAUCACGAGAGAACGGUCAAAGCAAAAGAACCUUAUUCAAGAUCUUUUAAUGGAUAAACUCGAGGCUCAUAAACAAAAGUCAGCUGAAAAAAAAGCCCGAAGAGCUGCCAGAGCUUCGUCUUUUACCACAGCGUUAUCACCGAUAAAACCAUCAUUGUCUAAUACUUCUUCUAUUGGUAAUAAGUUUGUACCUAAUUCUAUAAUAUCACCAGUUAGCAGUCCAACUCAUACAGCAUAUGUGGAGGCAAACAAGUCGUUGAAUCUUUCGAUGUCUUCGUGCUCUCGUGAGCAGUCCGAUCAAGAAGAAACCAAAGAAAAAAUCCCAAAGAAGACAGAAAAGUCGACUAUUGCUAGUCUAGAGGAUGCUUUUAAAACACCACUUGCGCCACCAAGAUUAAAAAACGAGGAAGCAAGAAGGACUGCCGAAAAAGCCAGACAAGAUGCUCGAGAACGAGCUAGAAUGAAGAGUGACGAAGAUUUAGGCUUAAGUCCCGAAGACAGAAUCAAGGAAUUAAGAAUGAAGGUAACCCGGAGACAACUCUCGAUGGACGAUGCAAAGAAAGUUGAUACACCGAAGACUGAAAGAAUUAAAUCGUGUAACUUUAGCGCAAUAGAUAAUUCGGAGUUAAAAUUAAAAAUCAGCAAAAGCACCGAUAAUAUGAAGAAUAUCUCAAAGAAACUCAAUUUCCAAAAACUGCCAGCAGCUAGCGCGAAAUCGAUGGAUGAGUCGCUCAAUACUGCAGGUUUAUCACUUUCUGAUAACAAUGGCAUAGUAAUCAAAAGGGACAAAAAAAAACCGAAAGACUCUGAAAGAAGAAAAAGCAUUAUACAGGCAGUGUCGGAUUUUUUUUUUAAGAAGGAAACAAGUCCAUCACCUAAUCAGAAGGACAAGUUAUCGAUGUUUCGUUUGACUUCAAAAUCAAAAGGAAAAAUUGAUAAAAUUACUCCAUCGAAAUACGACACGAGACCUAAAAGUGUAUCCGAGGAUAUGCUUGUAGGAAAUUUUCUUACUGAAAAUCCACCACCUGUACCACCGCCACCGCUUAACUACUCUGCAUACACCACUCAAGUGUCAGAUGACAGUUUAUCGGACGACGAUGCUAAAACAACUGCCUUCUCAGCGUCGUACGUGCAGAAAGUUACAGCAACUGAAGAAUCGUGCAAUAGUGUUUCACGUAAAUUAAAGUCCGCUAAAAAAAUAGCUAGACAGGCACAGUUAAAGAGAUUGCGGAUGGCUCAAGAAAUACAAAGAAAAUUAGAGGAAACUGAAGUGAAACAAAAGGAAUUGGAAAGUCGGGGCGUAAGUGUCGAAAAGGCGCUGCGUGGUGAAGGAGAUUCUUCCAAUCGUGAAGAAGCCGAUUUGCUUAGAGAAUGGUUUGAUCUUAUGAAGGAACGUACGGAAUUGCGUAGAUAUGAAAAGGAACUUUUAGUACGUGCGCAAGAAGUUCAAUUAGAAGAUCGUCAUGAACGAUUGCAACAAGAAUUGCGUGAACGUUUAGCUGAUGAUGAUGACAAGAAGACCAGUAACGAUGUUAAAAAAGAAGGAGAAAUCUUGACGGAAAUGUUGGAAAUAGUAGCAAAAAGAGAUUCCUUGAUCGCUCUAUUAGAAGAAGAACGACAAAGAUAUCAGAACGAAGACCGCGACCUCGAAGCUCAAAUGUUGGCUAAAGGCCUGAGAUUAACGCCAAUUAAGAAAUGUGGUCCUAAAUAUUCAGUCUAAGGAAGAUACGCUUCUGUAUAUACAUUUUCCGCUACAUUUUUUUAUCACAUGAUAACACCAGAAGAAAAUUAUACAUAUAUAUAUAUAUAUAUAGAUAAGAUUGUAAAUAGUUUAGAUGGCAAAGGAAUUUGAAGAAGAUAGCAGACUCGUAUUACGCCUAGAAUAUUUCUGCCCAUUUUCAAAAUAUUCAAUAUUUAAUAAACAUAUCUUUUUUACAAACAUAAUUAAAAUAUUUUAUUUUUUACAUGAAAAUAAACAGUAUUAAACUUG